CCAAGCCGAGUUGAGGUGAGCUUCGUGCUGGACUCUUUCAGAAGAAUCGAAAAGAGAAGCUUGGCGUUUUUGGCUUCUUCAGCCGAGGUUGUAUCUUUCAGUCGGUUUUUUGGCAGCCGAUCGCGCGGAUGCGGCUCAAAACAAGCGGCUUCAAUAAAUCUUCCAAAUCUUCCAAAUCCACAACAAGUGUAAAGCCUUCUGGCAAUUGACAUUUGGAGGGGCCAUUCGAAAGGUGAGCUCAGGUAAUAAUGGACGAACAGAAGCAGCUGGAAGUAAUUGCGAAUGAGACCUCAUCAGUCACCGGAUUGAGACGUCAGGCCACCAAAUAUCCCCACGGCCUCAACAUCACAGUGCAGACCAUCGACGAUCAUGAUGAGGGUUCGGUGAAAGAUCACAGCGACUACUCCCGCGCCUCCGGCGAGUCGUGCUGGAGUGAGACCCAGAAAUACCACAUUGGAGUGUUGGGGAGUCCCGAAACCCUGGCUGAACUUCAAGUUCGCCGCUACAAAUACCCACUGACGGCUAAUUACUAUUUGAAUAGCAAGUUGGACAGCCACGAGAAGCCCACACCCUGGAUGCUGUUGGGCUAUGCUCGACGAGCCUGCAGGUGGAAAUAUCUAAGAUGGCCCAUUAUUUUCGUGGCCAGUGUUCUGCUCUUCUUCGGACUGAUCACCUACUGCUUGUGGCUGCACGAUGUCAGCGUGGCUAGAGCCAGAUUCCUCCAGCGUCGCUAUGAAGCCACUUUGACAUCCACGAGUUCGAGUAGCAACGACGUCUGGGAUGAGGAAACCACCAGCACCACCGAGAUGGGGCCCCAGGAAACCACACGACUCAAGGCGGUGGAUGGUGAGAGUGAGGAGAGUAGCGAAUGGCCUGAUGCAUCGUUUGCAGAGGAUGGUGAGCCAGCGGACGGAGGAGACGAUGGCGAUGGGGACUACGACGACACCCUGCUGCCAGCGGACAGUAUUAGGUUCACCUCGGGUCACCAGAACAGCUUCGGGGUGCCCAUCGAGCAGGACAAGCGAAUGCUGCAGUUGCUCAAACAAUUACUGCCCAAGCCCCAGGCGACCCCCGCUGGCGGUGAGCAUCCUUUGACCCGGGUGUCUCCUACCCUGCCGCCCCCCUCAGCGUCCAGUGGGCGGCCCACGCAGGCGAUGACCUUGACCACCCCCUCGACGACGAACAGUGGCUGCCAGUCGACCAUGCUGCCCAUGUGCCAGGGAGUGCUCGACUACGAUCUGACCUACAAUCGCGAGGGAACGGCACCCCGGGAUGCGGGGUCCAUGGCAGCCUACGAGAGUCUCAUCCGGUCCAACUGCUCGGCGAGGGCGGCUGAGUUCAUCUGUGGCGCCCUGGAACCCGAGUGUCGCCCCUCGCACAUCGGACAGCUGCCUCCCUGCCGUCGCAUUUGCAAGGCCAUCCUAGAGGCCUGUUCCAUAGCGAUUGCCAACUCGGAUGUCCUGAGCGAGCUCUUCGACUGCAGCCUGUAUCCCGAUGCCCAUGAGAGUCACAAAUGCGAGGAUCCUACCAGGAGGCGGGAGUAUUGCUACGGAAAUGAGUUCCAAUGUCACGAUGGCAGUUGCAUACCCCAAAACUGGCAGUGUGACAAGAUCAAGGAUUGCCUGGGUGGCGAGGACGAGGAUGAGCAGUGUUUGGUUUGCGAGGAGGACGAAUUCCGCUGUCGCUCGAAUGAAAAAUGUAUCGCAGAAAAGAGUCGUUGCGAUCAAAACUUUGACUGCGUCGAUGGAAGUGAUGAAGAGGACUGCGAUGAUUAUGGAUCCGGGGACUUGGCUCCUUUCGACGAGGCCGAACUGAACGCCUUUCCAAGGGUCUUUUCAUACGCCAGUUUCUUGUCACCAAAUCAGACGAAUGAUAAGCUAUACACCUACAUCACGGCCAAUACCGAUGAGGAUGCUGGCACGGAGACCAAGUUCCAGGUUCAUCAGGUGGCUGCUCCUGCUCCGCCGGUAAAUUCCAGUGCUAGUGCUGAGGAGCCUGGUCCCAAAGGUUUUGUGAAUUUUCGUGACAGCAAGGAGAUAAUGAUGACCAGCGAUUCGGAGAACAAGUUUAAGUAUUCGCAGAGAAAUCGCACAUCUGCGAAGUUUAAGGUUUCAGCACCCACAACUCCAUCGGCCAGAACUGCAAGUGCGAUUCCAAGUUCGGCCUUGUUUCAGUUCAGGGAUAGAGAAAGGACCACCAGCACCACCAGUACAUCCAGCACCACCAGUACAACCAGCACCACUUCAACCACAAUAAAGCCACCUACACUCUACGAAGUAGUCACUGCUCCAGGUGGUUGUCCUAUUCAUGAACUUCGCUGUGUGAGUGGCAAGUGCAUCACAGUCGCUCAACUGUGCGAUAAGCAAAUUGAUUGUCCCGAUGCCGCUGACGAAAUAAUGUGCGUUUAUCGGGACCGUACAAGUGGAAGACGUAACCCCUUAUUCACUGUUCCGCCCACUGAACCACCCACUGAACCACCCACAGAAUCACCCACAUCAUCAUCAGAACCACCAGAAACCAGCACUUCCACAAGCACAACCAGCAAUCCGGUGACCAGUACAAGGCGUUCGUUGAGGACCACGCCCAACCGAAGUCGAAAGCCCAAGUCUUAGAGUGAUGUAUCUUGUGUCUAAUGUUUAUUUAUAUCUCUGUUAUUUCCCAUCACUUGUAUUUUCUUUCGCUCGCUAUAUGUAUGAUAAAUGAUGUAUUUGUAAAUCCUUGUUAGUGGCUAAGUUGUUUAGUGUUUAGACUUGUUUGACUAUUUGUAUGCGCGUGAAAUUGUAUUUUUAGCAAUGAAUAAAGUUUAAGAUGUGAUUAG